CACUGGCUAUCUUGAACCUAUGAACAAAAGUCACAGCGGGCGGUGUGUGCCCGUGCUGGUUAACUGCCUGGAGGCGCAUAGCGCCUUAAGACUUCGAGAUGCCUUCAUGGCAGAGGCUUCGAUUCUCAAACGCAUUGGUCGCGAUUGCCAUCCUUCGAUAGCUAGCCUCGUGGGAGUGUGCUUCCAUUCACAACCAUUGUAUGUCGUGCAAGAGGAUUGCGAGCAAGGCUUUUUGGCCACUAUGUUACGUGAUUGUCGUGGAUCUCAGAAUUUGGAGGAGAGCUUGUCCAAGGCUGAUUUAUCCAACAUGUGUCAGAAACUCAUGUCGGCCGUCGAGUUUCUGCAUGAUUCAAGCGUGCUGCUCAUGACCUUGAACGGCUUUACUGUGAUGAUGGAUGUCCACGGUGAACCACGCAUUGUUGUUUUGGGUCGCGAUCCCAAACUGCAUUUUGACGGCUUCAUCCAGCGCUGGCUGGCACCUGAGGCAGUCGAGUCUAGAAGCUAUUCAAUGGCAGCUGACAUGUACAGCUUUGGUGUGUCUAGGGACAAGUUGGCGAUUCAGAUUACAUCGCAGCAGCUGCUCCCUUGUCCACCAGGCUGUCCAGCGGCAGCCUACGAUCUCAUGCGCCAGUGCUGGAAUUACUACCCUUCUGCUAGGCCACUUCGGGAGAACCUGCCAGACUUUGUGGCGGAGAACCGUAUUCUGGGCGGGUGCCGAGAUUUGCAAUCGGCGAUUGACCGCCUGAAGCGGGGCGUUGAGCUUGGCUUUGCCAUCAACCUGACCCACGCCGUCUCUCCCAACUAUGAGUGCUAG